UCAUCCAUCUCAUCUCUCAUCUGCAACAUCUCCAUCUAUAUCCUCAUCAUCCUCUCCCCAGAUAUCUUGAAUCCACCACGCUCAAAUACAUCAGCCCUUGCAAACCACUCAAGUACCAACGACCCCACUUCACAAUGGCACCAUCAACAUCCCAAGCCGGCCCCACCGCAGGCCAAGCUGCCAACGUAAACUUGGAAAUGGCUCAGCCGAAUAACAAGCAAUCGAUGCAACCCACCCUCCCAUCUCCCAAUACCACCGCCAAGGAUCGCGAGCAGGAGGCUGAGCGUGAAGAAGUCAGAAUGAGAGGUGGAGAGAUGUGUCCUGGACGAUUCUGCUUCAUUAUCCCGUGCCCGCUGCCUUGCAAUUGCUGUAUCAUCUAAACAUCCUCUGGGUGAUUGAUUGUUUGUAUGAUUGGUUGGAUGGAAUGUCCUUUGGGAAUGACGACGGGAGGCACGUUCUGAGCUGGCGGAGAUCGCUCUAUAGUGCGAUGACUUUCUUUGAAAUGAAUACGAUUUGAUGGCUUUUCUUUGAUUCACACUGCUUUUGAUUUCGUGGGUGUGGGUGUGUUUCGUAAGGACUAGAGAGUUCUGUGGACGCUGAUUGAACGGAAUUUCUCUGCAAUCGUUUUACUGUCCUUUGGUCUGGACAGCUUCUCUGUCCAGUUCCAAUAACGCACAAUCAGUCGAUAUCAACCCAUCUACCCCGAUUAUCAGUAUCCGAACAGAUCGCUUUCGAGGUCGCAAAGUUGAAUGCAGAAUGUGAUGCCGGCGAUGGUGUCGUUGCUUGUUGCAAGGAAGCAGCCGGGUUCGAGCUAGAUUUGAGUGCUUUGUCCGAAAGUGAGGGUAGGGCAGCGAGGAGCAGGGAGGUGAUGGUGAAGGCCAUGACCAUCUCGCGUCUUAUGAGACUUCGCGACGAGCCUUAAUUUGAUAUCGACGUACCAUUCAGGCUGUAUCUAAUUGAAUCCGAGAACAUCUCUGCUAUGUUGACAAAGUUGCAUCAAGCUACUCAUUCCAUACUUCGGCAAGAUCGCUUUGCCUAAGCAAUAUAUCCCGAGGUGUGAUAUUGGGGUCGGUAUGCAUAUAUACACAGCCUAAUGUAGACCAAUAAAAACUGAACCACGGACGAGCCUUGACCAUCGUCCAAUGACUGGCUGGUUGCGCUGAUUGUUUUGUU